AUGGACACAUUACUGGCCUCUGGGUCGUCUACGCUCUCCUUUUAUCUCAACGGUACACCGGUCGACUUGCAGAAUCCGCAUCCUCGGUGGACCCUGCUUGAUUUCAUUCGCUCUCAAGAUGGACUCAAGGGAACGAAACUGGGUUGUGGUGAGGGCGGAUGCGGCGCUUGCACGGUGGUGCUGCAGUCGAGAGACAGAAGCUCUCGUCGUAUUCGACACUCCGCUGUGAACGCAUGUUUAUAUCCACUCAUCGGGGUUGCUGGGAAACAUGUAAUCACCGUGGAAGGGUUAGGGACAGUCGAGAAUCCCCAUCCCUUACAGGAGCGUAUCGCCAAACUGCAUGCGUCGCAAUGUGGAUUCUGUACUCCUGGCAUAGUGAUGUCCAUAUACGCCAUGAUCCGGAAUGCAUAUGACCCUGCCAGUGGGAAUUUCCAACUGUCGGCCGAUGAUAUAGAAAGUAAGGGUCAUCUGGACGGGAAUCUUUGUCGGUGUACUGGAUAUAAGCCGAUCUUCUCGGCAGCCAGGACGUUUAUCACGGAGGAUUUAGGUGUUACUCCGUCCAUUGAGCCCUCGGGUCUCUUCGAAGCACACGAGGUGUCUUCAGAGGCGGAAAAUCCCGCCUCAUCCUCCGGGUCUUGCGGUCGUCCGGGAGGAUGCUGUCGAGAUAACCCGGGAUCUUCUUCAUGUGGUGGAGCGUCCACCUCGGAUGCCAGCCUCGCUACCAGCACAUCGCCUCCAGGCACCCCAGCCAAACAGGUUGAUUUUAUUCCAUAUACCCCCAAUGCCGAGCUAAUUUACCCUCCUGGUCUCUCCAAAUACACGCCCCAAUUGGUCUGUUAUGGCGAUUCCAGGCAGGCUUUGGUGAGGCCCGUUUCCCUCGACGAAACCCUUGACAUACUCUCCCGUUGCCCUUCAGCUACACUGGUUGCUGGGGCCAGUGAAGUUCAGGUCGAUAUCCGCUUCAAGGACUUGAAUCCGCCCCUCAGCGUAUUCAUCGGGGAUAUUCCCGAGCUGCGAUCAAUCUCUUGGAGUGAGGACAAGUCGAUGCUACAAGUAGGUGGUGUUGCCUCUCUUACAGACCUCGAGACUGAAUGUCUGCGUUGCAUUCCGCGAUGCAGCUCGGCGUCAAAUCCUGGGUUCUCCUCAACACUGUCCGCCAUUGCAAAGACGCUUCGCUAUUUUGCGGGACGUCAAAUCCGCAAUGCAGCCUCCCUUGCCGGAAAUAUUGCGACAGCGUCACCGAUCUCGGAUAUGAAUCCGGUUCUGUUAGCAGUGAACGCCACUGUCCAUGUGCAAUCGCUGGCAAGAGGAGACGAGGGAAUUCCUAUGGAAGCGAUGUUCAGAGGGUACAGGAAGACCGCGAUACCGCCGGCAGCUAUCAUUACGCGCAUUGAUAUCCCCAUGCCCCCAGCGGACACCAUCGAAAUCACCAAUGCCUAUAAGCAAGCUAAGCGAAAGGAUGACGAUAUCGCAAUUGUGACGGCCGCAUUUCGAGUGCGCAUGGAUUCGGAUUAUGUCGUGAAGAAUAUCUCUCUGGCCUAUGGUGGGAUGGCACCUACUACGGUCCUCGCCAAAAACACCGCGUCCGUCUUGGUUGGCAAGCGCUGGGGGGAUGAAGCCGUUCUGGCGCAUGUUCUGGGAUCGCUGGGCUCCGAGUUUAACCUUUCCUACGGCGUUCCCGGUGGCAUGGCCUCAUACAGGCGGGCUCUUGCACUCUCGCUCUUUGUUCGCUUCUGGUACCACGUACAGCAUAAACUCAAUCUUCCUGUGGACUCGGAUCUCGUCGACGAGAUCCAGCGGGGCCUGUCGAGAGGGACACGCGACAAUGAAAACCCACACGCCCAGCGAGUGGUCGGCCAGCAGAUUCCUCAUCUAUCGGGUCUAAAGCACGCCACGGGCGAAGCUGAAUAUGUGGACGAUAUGCCCCCAAUGCAUCGACAACUAUACGGCGCAUUGGUUUUAUCUCAACGUGCGCAUGCACGCAUCCUGUCCGUUGACUGGAGUGCAGCCGUCGCUCCGGGUCUCGCAGUCGGUUACGUCGAUCAUACUGCGCUUCCACCGGAGAACAACCACUGGGGCCCUGUGGUGCAUGACGAGCCCAUCUUCGCAACCGGUGAAGUACACUCCCACGGCCAGCCGAUUGGGCUUGUAUAUGCGGAGACAGCGAGGGCUGCUCAGGCGGCAGCAAAAGCCGUGAAGGUUGAGUAUGAGGACCUCCCUGCCAUUCUUACCAUCGACGAAGCAAUCGCGGCGAAGUCCUUCUUCCCGCAUGGAAAGGAGUUGCGUAACGGUGCACCACCGGCGGAAAUCCCCGAGAUUCUGAAAGAAUGUGAAUUUGUUUUGUCUGGGACUACCAGAGUCGGGGGACAGGAGCAUUUCUAUCUCGAGACAAAUGCCGCUAUCGCCAUUCCACAUGUCGAGGAUGGUACGAUGGACAUCUGGUCUUCCACGCAGAAUACAAUGGAGACCCAGGACUUCGUCAGCCAGGUGACUGGGGUCUCGCGGCAUAAGAUUAACGCCAAAGUGCGUCGUAUGGGCGGCGCAUUCGGUGGCAAGGAGUCUCGCAGUGUCCCUAUCGCUUGCCUCGUCGCAGUCGCGGCCAAGAAGACGCGACGGCCCGUACGGAUCAUGCUGAAUCGCGAUGAGGAUAUGAUGACUAGCGGACAGAGACAUCCAAUUCAAUGUCGCUGGAAAGUCGGGUUCACCGGAGACGGGAAGCUGAUGGUUUUGGACGCAGACGCCUACAACAAUGCCGGCUACAGUGUGGACAUGAGCUGUGCAGUCAUGGAUAGAUGUUUGACACAUCUGGAGAACUGCUACUAUAUCCCUCACACCCACAUCAGAGGGUGGGUGUGUCGGACCAAUACUCAUUCCAAUACCGCUUUCCGCGGCUUCGGUGCGCCCCAGGCCAUGUUUAUUACCGAGAGCAUUAUGAAUGCCGUUGCAGAGAAGCUCGACAUGCCGGUGGAUGAGCUGCGCCGCAGGAAUCUGUAUGAGAUUGGCCAACGCACUCCGUUCCUCCAGACCAUCGACGAAGACUGGCAUAUCCCCAUACUUUUAGAGCAGGUCAGGACAGAGGCUCAAUACGACGAGCGCCGCACUGCCGUGGAUGAGUUCAAUGCAGAGCAUCGCUGGCGGAAGCGAGGAAUUUGCUUGAUCCCAACCAAGUUCGGGAUUUCCUUUGCCACCGCGCUUCAUCUCAACCAAGCCGGGGCGUCCGUGAAAAUGUACACCGAUGGUUCCGUCCUCCUGAACCACGGCGGAACCGAGAUGGGCCAGGGGUUGUAUACUAAGAUGGUGCAAAUCGCGGCCCAGGAACUCGGCGUACCAGUCGAUCAAGUCCACACGCAAGACACCUCUUCGUAUCAGACAGCCAAUGCGUCGCCCACUGCUGCCUCCUCCGGGAGCGACCUAAACGGCAUGGCUGUCAAACACGCUUGCGACCAGCUCAACGAACGGUUGCGGCCGUACCGCGAGAAAUUUGGCGCCGAUGCGCCGAUGGCAACUAUUGCGCAGGCCGCAUACCGAGAUCGUGUUAAUCUUGCGGCCAGUGGGUUCUGGAAAAUGCCGACGAUAGGAUAUGAAUGGGGCAAUUAUGAUCCUGACACGGUCAAGCCGAUGUAUUUCUACUUCACUCAGGGCGUCGCGUGCACGGAAGUCGAGCUCGACUUGUUGACAGGCCAUCACACCGUCCUUCGCACGGAUAUCAAAAUGGACGUGGGCCGGUCAAUUAACCCGGCCAUUGACUACGGCCAGAUCGAGGGUGCCUUCGUGCAGGGCCAGGGUAUGUUCACGAUGGAGGAGGCUCUCUGGACCCGCGAUGGACAACUCGCAACUCGCGGGCCCGGCAGCUACAAGAUCCCCGGGUUCGGCGACAUCCCGCAGGAAUUCAAUGUGAGCCUUCUACAGGGAGUCUCGUGGAAGACGCUCCGAUCGAUCCAGUCCAGCAAGGGCAUUGGCGAACCUCCAUUGUUCCUGGGCGCAACGGUUCUGUUUGCGCUGAGAGACGCGCUGAGAAGUGCCCGCCAGGAUCAAGGGAUAACCCAGGCCUUGGUGUUAGAUAGUCCCGCCACAGCAGAGAAAUUGCGUCUUGCCGUCGGAGACGACCUGGUUGAACGCACGAAGGUCGAGGCUCAAGUAGAGGAGAGAGAUUUCUUCGUAGCGGUGGCAUAG